CUGUCAUUGAUCGGAUAGACGAAUAGCACAUUAUAGUCAUAUAUAGUCACCACAGAGACGUAUAGUCAUAGUCAAGAUACAUUUAGUUGCCCACUUUACUUUAAUAGAAUCCCCCUGUGAGACUAUUUUGCUAUUUCCAUUUACGACCGAAUUUACUUCGCUGAAUUUACCUCAAAUAAUCAGACUUUUCAGACAUUUUACUGCGCGAAAAGCCGUGUCUUCCCCUGUCUGAUUUUGUGUUAGUAAUUUUCAAUCUUACUGCGUGUUUUCUUUCAUAUUAUAUUAUUUCCUAUUUCUGUCCGUGACGUGAUUUUUGCUACUGCUGCUGCCUUUUACCGUCUUUAGCUUUCAAAACUGGUCGGAACCUAAAGCUUUUGCUUCGCUCUUUCUUUGUAUGUGCCGAUUUUAAGCUACCUACCUAUACUCAUAGUCUGAUAAUAAAAUCAAGUCAGUCACAAUCUAAUUUACUUUGCUCAAUAGCAAAGAUUUAUUUCUAGAAAAACUAACAAAAUACUGAAAAUACUGACACAAUUCAGGUAACUUGAAACUGCUUGAUAAAUUCUAGCUUCGAUUACAAAGCCCCGUGUUUGUGAUCUUUGUUAUUACAGCUAGAGAGAAGAAUUACUCAUAUUCAAGCUGAGACCCAAUUAUUUUGUGCGCUCAUUUUCAGCCCGAUUUUCCGAGGAAAUAGAGUGAAUAAUUUUUUGCAUUACAUAAUACAUACCAAGGUGACGUGAUCUAAUUAUGACGUCAGAAGCAGCUCAGUUUUUGGAGGGGGACGGCGGGGACCCCACGUCGUUUCUGUUCAACAAUCCACACCAGGAUCAUUCCAACUCCAGUCACAGCCGAAGUCUCACCUCAACCUCUGACGGCUCUAAUGGAGCACACCCGUCGUCCAAUUUUUUAGACCAAGAAGAUGAGUUGCAGGAGCCUUUUAUUCCUCUGGACGGACCCAAACCAGACAGUUUUGGAUUUCCUGAUUUACAAAAUAAACCUGGAAUGGUGGACUUAAACAUGAACGAGAGUGGACUUCUGUCGUCUGAAGUCGCUCAAGAAUCGGAAGAUCAGUUCAUUUUGAAGUCGCCAGCUGAGAAGAAGUUGAUGGAUCUGCAAGCGGAUGAGUUUGACCCCAUUGGCAGUCUGCUAGAAGGAGUUGGUACACAGGAGGGGCUUAAUGUGGAAACGGGCGAAGAGUUUAUGAAUCCAUCUCCGAUUGAAGCAAUCAAAGAUACCAACUCCCCUUGUGAUGACUUGUUGCAAGUAGACGAGUACAGUGACGAGGAGACUAUUGAAACUUCCGAGUUCAACCAGGGGGUGCUCGGAAGAAUCGAGGAGGAGGAGAACGGAGGAUCGAAUCACUCUCAAGACAAGCCAACCACUCUCUCACAGUCUGAAGGCCAACAGGAAAUGCAACCAGAAGAGACCCUUGGAGCUUCUCAAUUUUCACCUGAGGCUGAUUUUGACGACAAUAAAAUUACCAACGGGAAUUCAUCAGCUGAUGUUGAGAACCAAAACGGGACCCUGGGCGACGACCAUAACCAAGAUGAAAAGUUAUUAAUACCAACUAGUGGUGAUGCUGCGCCAGAUGCGAAUAUUAAUGGCUUUGAUCACGUUAUAAAGGGUGAUGACAGGGGCCUUGAUCAGCCUUUGAUCUCGAGUGAUGGGUUCCCAGUUUUACCGACACCAAGAAACAGUUCAGAAAUGGGCCCCGAAGGAAUUGAAUUCAAUGGUCAUGGGACAGAUCAAAUUGCAGAUCUAGGGGAGAGGUCUAAGAAUAACAUUUUUGGUGAAUUAGAAUGUGAACCAGCUCAGACUAAUAUAGACAUCAAUCUUAUGGACUCUAAACAACAAGAGUUACCGCAACAAGCUGAGCCUACUGGUGAUAUAAUUAACCUGACUGAAGAAUCUUCUGGAACUAUGGAACAACCACAGCCAGACAAAUUACCGAAAGAAAAUCUAGAAGGAUCAAAUGGAGUUCCGGAUAUCGAAGAAAUCGAAAAUGCUCCGGAAAAGCUAAACAAUGAAUUGGACAUUACCGAAGACGAAGAGGCCGAAGAAAUUGUAAAUCACGAAACAUCAAGACCGAACAAAAUUGACUCCGAGGAGAAUAAAUUCGACGGAAAAGAUGAUUUAGAAGAAGUUGACCAACCGACUGAAAUAAAAGAAAAUUAUUUGGAUAGCAAUGGUGUGUCCGAAGCUUCAGAAACUGAAGCGGCUGAAAAAUCUGCCUUAAACGAUGAGCUGAAACCAGAAUUAGACCAAAACGACGAUGAUUUGCUUGGUGCUACAACUACAGGAGACUCCAAAAAUGUCGAAGAAGUCAACGAAGUAGAGACCGAUUCGGCAUCAACUCACGACGAAGUGUACACCAAAAAAACCGAAGACGAUCCCGAGGAAAAUGCUGAAGUGCGGGGGUGUGAAAAAGAGCUGAGUGGAGGGGAUGCGCUUUUGCCAGAGGAGACAAGUGAAGAAAAGGGAAUCGAAGUCGAGCUUGACAGACCAGAGAACCCAGCAUUUGGAGAGCCGACAUCCGGUCAUCUAGCAGAAAACGACCCAGCCACCCAGACCCUCGAGGGAAAGCAAGAAAACGAGGAAAUUCUCCCAGAAAACGAUGAGUUUAAAGACAAAGAAGAGAUGGAAAAAACGAAAUCUGACUUGACAGAGGAUUUUGAUGAAUCGAUGGAACCAGCAGCAGAGGCUGAUAUUGCACAUGAACCAGAGUCGGUUAUACAAUCAGAAACGACUGCUGAGUCUCUGAACGUUGCUGAACUAGAGUUGAAGCAACAGACUGUUUUACUCUCAGAACCUAUUCAUGAAGUUCAGCCAGAACUUGUACAGGAUCCAGAACAAGUGCCUGAGACUGUUCCUAAACAGGAGCUGGACUCAUCAUCGGUGCUAGAACAAGAGUCAAUUUGCAAGCCAGAUACUUCGCCUGAAUUGGAACCAGAAUUGGCUCAACUUCAUCAGGGAUCUAAUGAAGAAUCUGUGGAUCUCGAAAAUGAACCAAUAUCGGAGACCGGGAAGGAGCUGGAUCAACCUAAUAAACCCAAUGAAGAAACUCUGGAUCUCGAAAAUGGACCAACUUCAGAGCCAGCACAGGAGCUGGAGCAAUCUAUGCAACCUAAUGAACAAACUCUGGAUCUCGAAAGUGAACCAACAUCAGAGACCGCACAGGAGCUGGAGCAAUCUAAUAAACCCAAUGAAGAAACUAUGGAUCUCGAAAUUGAACCUACAUCGGAGCCCGCACCGGAGCUGGAGCAAUCAGUUCAACCUCGUGAAGAAACUUUGGAUCUCAAAAGUGAACCAACAUCGGAGUCCGCUCAGGAGCUGGAGCAAUCUCCUUCAGAACAGGCAAAUUUUUUGCAGGAACCUGAACCAUUAUCUGUCCAAGAACCAGAACCACAAUUAAUGCAGGAUUUAGAGCGAGAAACUGCAGGGGAUCCUGAUAAAGUCGCAGAGUCAGAAUCUGAGCUCGAACGUCAGUCGGAACCUGAACAGGGGUCUGUUAUUGAGCAGGAGCCAGCGCUAUUGUUUGAGUCUGAGAAGCCUGAGCAGGAGACCGAACCAGAAGCUGUACAGGAUUCAGCACCACAGCCUGAACAAGAGCCCGAACGAGAAUCUGUGCAGUCUUCAGUGCCAGAGCCUGAACAGGAGACUGAACCAGAAUCUGUACAGGAAGCAGCUUCAGAGCCUAAAACGGGUACCGAACCGUGUCAAAAUCUAGAAUCAGUUACUGUUCAGGAGACAAAACUGCAACCCAUGGAAGUGCCAGAAGCAGAAUCCGUGCGUGAACUUGAGCCUGAAUCGGAGGCAGUUUCAGAAUCCGUGCCACAACAUGAGCAAGUACCCGCGCAGAGCCCAGAACCUGCAGAAGAACUAUUGCCCGAAACCAUCCAGGAGACAGAACAGCAACCGACGCCUGAAUCCGUGCAGGAAACUGAAUCCUUGUCCACCGAAGAGUCAGUGCUAGAAUCUGAAGUGCAGAACACUGAAACGGAGCCAGUUUCCGUACAGGAGCCAAAACCAACUGAGCAAUCAGAAGUUUUGAAUACAAAUGAGCAAGUAACACAAUCAGAUUCACUGGAGAAAUCUGAAUCAGAAGACGCGCAAGAGCCAGUGCAUAUAGAGGAUCCUGCAGUCGUUAAUGAAGCUCCCCCAGAGCCCGUACAACAACUUGAGCCAGAAACUAAGCUUGAAACCGAAACAGCAUUGCAGCCAGAAUCAGAACAGGAAAUUGAACUAGGAACUCAGUCAGAGCCCUCGCCUGGAAUUGCUGCAGAAUAUGAGGAGGAACCAGAAGCAGUGCACGUUCAGCAGGAUGACCUAGAAAACUCCCAGGAAAGUCAGCCAGAAAUCACGAAAGAGCAAGAUCCAGUAGCACAGUCAGAACCCUUACAGGAAGCAGAACCAGAAAACGUACAGGAAUCAAAACCAGAACUCGCACAUGUACCAGAAACAGAACUCGCACAGGAACUGCAACAAGAAGCAGUACAAGAUAUUGAACCCACAUCACACCAGGAAGCAGAUCCGGCUGCAAAGCCAGAAUACGCUCAAGAAGUAGUGCCUGCUGUGCAAGAGCCAAUGCCAGAAAGCAUCCAUGAAUUGGAUUCGGUGCAAGAACCAGAAUCAGUAAUUAAGUCAGAAUCCCUGCAAGAAGAAAAGACGGAGGCUACAGGUUCAGAACCAUUGCCAGAAGCUAAUCAACAGACUGUGGCUCAAGAAUCGGAAAAAGUACCCGAUGAUGUUUCAUCUGGCCAUACCGGUGAUCCUUCUGUGCGCUCUGAAGAGAUCAAAGAGCUAGAGUCAAGCAUGGAAGUCAAUGUCGACAUCGAUUCACAGAUGCCAGAAAAAGUCGACAUCCCGGUCACUAAAGAGGUAGACGAGAACAUCAAACAAGAAGAGAGCCAAGAAACUAAAAAAGACGUCAAGGCAACAGAAAAGAAAAGCCCAGUAAAAUAUUCGGAUUCGAAAACUAGUUCGGUGAAUAAGAUAGCUCCAAAAGCGUCAGUUUCAAGUGGAAAGUCCGUAGCAACAAGCAAAACAACUACUAAAACGGCAACCUCGACUGCGGCUGAGCGAAAAAGCGCCAGUACAGCUACUAAGACGUCUACGGGAACAACCACUGCCGCCGCUACAAAAGCACGAAGUAGCGCAACUAUGGCGGAAAAAAAAUCGACAACCGUGACCAAGGAUGUAGCAGGAAAGCCAGCUGCGGCCAGGCCUCUUGCGUCCAAAAGUUCUGUUCCGACUUCAAAGCCAACUCCUACAAGCACCAGUACCAGAGCGUCACCAUCUCCUAAAACGUCAAAAGUAGGUGUGGCUUCGGUUAGUAGCGCAGCUUCGGCUAAUGCUUCGUCAGCUAAACCUGCUGUCAAUGGAACUGAUUCGCGAAAGAACUCGAUUGGAUCGACGUCUGCUUCGUCGAAACCGACUAGUGUAGCUUCGGCGAAAGAGAAAGUGAGCGUCACUACGGUUGGACCCAAGGGGAAAGUUUCUGCAACUGCUACUACUAGUCGGCCGGUGGCUACAGCGACCUCCAAAGUGGCUGCUGUUCCCGGUAAGAACUCGGCAACCAGCGCAGCAACCGCUAAAACUGGAGCUACACCUGUAGCUGGAACCAAACCAGCGGUUCGCUCGUCUUUGAACACGACACUGGCGAGCAAGCCUGCAACUUCAGCGGUGAAAAAAGAUCCGGUGAAACCAGUGGUGACUGCCAAAUCGACGCCAUCUAAACCGACUACAACUAAGCCCGUGGCAGCUAAACCGUUGGCAACUAAACCUACAAGCACUGUUAAGCCAACGACUACAGGAGCAAGCAGGCCAACAGUAGUUGCGGCCAAGACAGCAACCAGCGCUGGUGCCAGGGUUCCUGCGACUGGAGCUAAGACCUCUUCGUCUACUUCGGCCAAGCCACUGUCGGCUAGCAAAAUGAGCUCGUCUACUGCCACAAAGGUUUCAGCCAAUGGAAGUCCUGCGAGCUAAAUUAUUUUGAAACUGAAAGCGAAUGAAAAUUUCUAGCGGGAAAAUUUUUUCUAUGGCACCGCGAAAGAAGAUUGCUUUUCAACGCCAAAAAUUAUUAUAGCGGAUUUUUUUUUCAGAAUUAAAAGGUUUUAGAAGAAAAAAAAUCUCAAUGUUUUGAAAUAGGUUGAAAAUUUUAUAAUUGAGCUUUAAGAAGUCUGAUUCAAUAUUUUGUUGUGAAAGUUUAACAACGAUCAAUUUGUGACUUUGGUGCUAAUUUACUCUGUCGAUUAAUUGCAGAACCGAAGCCUCUUCGUGCUUGAGAGCCGAACGUAGUCUUCGCUACUGUUGCUAUACUGAAGCCUUGUUGCCAUUUUGACAAAAAAUAUUUUUGUUGCUGCACAAAUAAUAAAUUAGCGUCAAGAAGAAAAUCAAUUUUCGGACCAGUUCAAAUAUUCCUAAAUUGGGCUAAA